CACACCUACCCCCACCCACACCCCCACCCAACCCAAUCUAACCUAACCUGACGAGGGUGUGGGUGAAAGAGAAGUUGUUGGAAAGCGCACCAGGGAUAGCUGUGUCUUCAGGUUUAAUCCAGGUCUCAGUCAAGCCCAAAAGACUAAGAGCUGACUGAGUAGCAAAGGCUGGAAAAAAGUCAGCUUUGCUGACAGCUGACUGACAAUUCCAGAGGCCCAUAGAAAAUGAAAGAGGUGCAAUCGAAGAAGUGUGGAUAGGACACAGGUUAGCAUGAUUGUGGCGUCUCCUGCGUGUUGUAUAAGAGUGUUUACAUUGAGAGACAAAAGGAAUAUAAUGGAAACACAUGUGGAAAGUUGUGGAGAGAGGAAAGGAAAGGAAGUAGAAUAAGGGAAAGAUACUGCUGUGUUUUGUCCAUGUUGUCUUUUGGUUGAGUCACGCAGGUAGCGUUGCAGGUCUUUACCUAGUCAGUCUUCACACGAGGAGGGCUGAACAUAAGGGCUGACACUUCGGCACCAGCGAACUGCCUCCACUUAAACACAGCUUAACCCUCUUGAGUGAAUACAGCUGUCGACACCUUUCUAGCACAGCAAAGCCUAUAGCACGCAAAUGGCUUGAAAUCGAAACUACUGUGGUACAGUUUGCCACUUAAGCACAAAUUAUCAGGUAGCAAAAAGUAUUUUUGUAGAUUCUAAUUGUAGCUAAUGGCAAACACCAUGCACAAGCAGCAUACAGUUUUAAAAUAAAAUAAGCAUUAAAUUAAUUAGUCCUCCGUACUAGCAGAUAUUUAUUCUAAAUGAAAGGAAAAGAAAACUGGAAAUAAGCAAAAAACGCACAAGCUCUUGCCGUGUCCACUGAAAAUCGCUUUCUCCUUUGAUUUUAGUGAUAAUGUUAUGUCCCUGUUAUACUACAAAAAUGGCAAAAGAUAAAAAAAAAAAUUAAAAAAGUUCAAGAUGGCGAUGCAAACAUUUACAGAGGAUCUCCUAUAUAGAGUCCAACAGUCACCUUGUGGCAAUAUGGGUCAGUAGGGUAAUGAUGGACACACUGUACACUCCAUGACAUGGCUGCAGAUUAUGACGCUAUGAGAUGGUGUGCGCACAUAUGUGACCCAGUGUUCUCCCCUCUGACUGCUUAAAUGGUAGAGUGAUGAGUGAAAGAGAGGAGGAGGAGAAGAGGAGAAGAGGAGGAGCAGUCAACCCAGCUGGAGGACUGGAGAGUUUGCAUACCUUUUAUGUUACCACCCCUACUGACUCUUUCUUCUGGACUGAUUCCAGUACUCCCUCCGGCCCUCUAUCCCUGACUUCCUCUCGCUCUCUCCCUUCCUCCCCACCCCCAUAACUGAAAUAGUCUCCUAAAGGAUUGAGUCAUCCAUUCUGUCCGGUUUCCUGUGGUCACAGAAAGUUAAUUUUAGCAGCGGCUGCCAAACAGAUAUGUGUGCAAGUGUCAAAACGGAGAGAGAUGAAGCCUUUAGAUGAAACUCUGGGUCCAUUAAAAAAAGAAAAACUCAAUUCACUUCCACAGAAAUGGAUCAUAAAAAUCUUUAGCGAGGAUGGGAUGGGAAAGGUGGUGGAGAUCCCAGCCGACAUGACAGCGCGAGACCUGUGCCAGUUUCUCGUCUAUAAAAACCAUUGUGUGGACGAUAACAGUUGGGCGCUUGUGGAACAUCAUCCAGCCCUGGGACUCGAAAGAUGUUUAGAAGACCAUGAACUGGUUGUCCAAGUGCAGGCGUCAAUGACCAGUGAGAGUAAAUUUCUCUUCAGGAAGAACUAUGCCAAAUAUGAAUUCUUUAAAAAUCCAUUGAACUUCUUCCCAGAGCAAAUGGUUGCCUUGUGUCAGGAGACCAGUGGGACCAUCCCACCAUCCCAGCUCCUGCAGAACUUUUUAAACUCCAGCAGUUGUCCUGAGAUCCAGGGAUAUUUGUAUGUGAAAGAAAUGGGCAGGAAAUCAUGGAAGAAACUGUAUGUGUUUUUAAGACGGUCAGGAUUGUACUUCUCAACGAAGGGAACGUCAAAGGAGCCCAGGCAUUUACAGCUACUAGCAGACCUGGAGGACAGCAAUGUCUUUACGGUAAUAACGGGGAGAAAGCUGCACAAUGCACCGACUGACUUCGAAUUCUGCAUUAAACCUAACAAAGUAAGGAAUGAAGUGAAAGAACUGAGGAUGUUGUGCGCAGAGGACGAGCAGAGCAGAACAUGCUGGAUGACAGCCUUUAGACUCUUCAAGUAUGGAAUUUUGCUAUAUCAAAAUUACAAGAUCCCCCAGCAGCGAAAAACGUUGCUUUCACACUUCUCAGCGCCUGUGAGGAGUGUCUCAGAGAACUCUCUGGUAGCCAUGGAUUUCUCAGGGAGGAUAGGCCGAGUGAUUGACAAUCCCGUGGAGGCUCAGAGUGCUGCCAUGGAGGAGGGACAUGCCUGGAGAAAGAGAAGUCAGCGUAUGAAUAUCCUAGGAAGCCCCAGCCCAUUACACGCCUCAUCAUUAAGUGGAGUUAUCCACAGAACUCAGCUUUGGUUUCACGGUCGUCUUUCACGGGAGGAGUCUCACAAGAUGAUCAAUCAGCAGGGCAGAGUGGAUGGAAUGUUUCUCUUGAGGGAUAGCCAGAGCAAUCCUAAGGCAUUUGUACUCACACUGUGUCACCACCAGAAAAUCAAACAUUUCCAGAUUUUACUGUGUGAAGAAGACGGUCAAAUGUUCUUGAGCCUUGAUGACGGCGCCACCAAAUUCACGGACCUGAUCCAGCUGGUGGAGUUUUACGUGCUGAACAGAGGAGUUCUGCCUUGCAAGCUUAAACACCCCUGCACCACUGUGGCCUUAUGACCUCCGUUUGCCUGAUUCUGCCUAAAAACAAACACUCAGACGUCAUGUGCUGUGGUGUAAUGCUGUGCUGCUGGGCUGGAGAAAAGCACACUGCGAGAGCAGCUCGCUAUCAAGGAGAGGGAAAAUCAAAACAACAAACACAAACAGGACCAGCAAGAAAUAAAGGAAAUAAAGCUUGUGUGUUAGCUGCUGAUGAACCUCUCAGCCACCUGCACACUAGACGUGGCCGGAGCAGGUUCUCAGGACAAUCAUCCAGAGGGAGUCUUCAGGAUCCAUGGUCUUAAUCGAGCAGAUAAUGAUUUGGGAAGACCAGCAGAACACUCGUAAAUCACAUUUGAUUUCAAUUUGCACUCAUGAACCAGGAACAAGCAAGCUAUAGCAAUUUUUGCUUUCAUAAAUCAAGCAGAUUUGAUUCAAGAAUGUCCUGUGAGAUGUGGACGGCCAAUUGGUGGUUUCAGUACUGUGAAAAGACAAUUCCUGUGAAUUCGUGCUUUCGAUCCUUUUCUCUGGUAAUCACUAGAAUAUUUAGACACUUGUCUUAUUUUUUUUUUUUUAUAUGCUCAUUUUCUUGAGCAAAGAACUCUCAUGCAUAAUGCAUUUGGCCUAUUUUUUUUGUGUAUUUUUUUUUUUUUUAAGUUUCUCCCCCUCACAA